AUGGAAUGCCCAGCGUGGGCUCGAAUCCGCACCCCUCUGAUAGAGAAGAUCCCCGGAGCGAUGACCUGGGAAAACUGGAUGUUCACAAACCUGAGAACGGACCUCAUCCUACAAUUUGCGAAACAAUCUCAACUCUCGAAAUGGUACGAGUCGGCGGAGGCGGAGGCGGACCUGGAAGAGGGGAUGGAAGAAAAUGAUUAG